CCGCGCCGAGAUGGAAUGAAUGGGUCGGAGCGGCCGGAGGUUCCGGCGGGCCGGGCGGGCAGACGCCUGGCGACCGGGGCGCGGCGGCGGCGGGCGGCGGCCGGCAGGAGGCGCAGGCGGGCGGCGGCGGGAGGCGGGAGCCGGCGGGAGGGGGCGCGAGCGAAACGCGGCGGCGGCGGCGCGCGCGCCCAGCCCACCCCCCGCGCCCGCCGCCGCGCGGACAAUAAACAGCCGCGCGCGGGGCGAUGCCCGCGCCGGUGCAGCCGCCCCCGCGCCGUUCUGCCCAGGCCGCCAGGCCUUAGCCCGCCGGCCCGCCGGUACUCCCCGCGCGCCCCCGCCGCCCGGCCUCGCGGACCCACGGACCUCGGCGGGGAGAUGGAGGUCCUGGUGGCAGAGACCACGUCCCAGCAGGAGCGGCUCCAGGCCAUUGCAGAGAAGCGGCGGAGGCAGGCGGAGAUCGAGAACAGGCGCCGGCAGCUGGAGGACGACCGGCGGCAGCUGCAGCACCUGAAGUCCAAGGCGCUGCGGGAACGCUGGCUGCUGGCGGGGACGCCGUCCUCAGCCUCGGAGGGGGACGAGGACAUGAGGAGACAGAUGCAGGAGGACGAGCAGAAGGCGCGACUGCUGGAAGAAUCCAUCUCCAGGCUGGAGCAGGAGAUCGAGGAGCUGGAGAACGCGGAUGCGCUGCCGGCUGCCGCCAAGGAGAGCCCGGCAGCCCCGAGCCCUGCCCGUACCCCCGCCCCCGCCCCGGCCCCACGCCCCGCCCAGGAGGACCAGAGGGCCGAGGCUGUGCUGAAUUCUCAGCAGGCCCCGGUGGGCACGCCCAAAGAGAAGCGAAUCUCCAACACCCCCCUGAGGACGGUUGAAGGCUCCACCAUGAUGAAGGCCGCCAUGUACUCGGUGGAGAUCACGGUGGAGAAGGACAAGGUGACAGGGGAGACCCGGGUGCUGUCCAGCACCACCGUGCUCCCCCGGGAGCGCCUCCCUCAGGGCAUCAAGGUCUACGAGGACGAGACCAAAGUGGUCCACGCCGUGGACGGCACGGCGGAGAAUGGGAUUCACCCGCUGAGCUCCUCUGAGGUGGACGAACUCAUCCACAAGGCGGACGAGGUCACGCUGAGCGAGGCAGGGUCUGCGGCCGGGUCAGCAGAGCCCCGGGGGCCGUCGGAGGAGGCAGUCCGGACCACGCCGUCCAGGCGGGAGAUCACUGGAGUUCAGGCCCAGCCCGGCGAGGCCACGUCAGGCCCUCCUGGCAUCCAGCCGGGCCAGGAGCCCCCGGUCACCAUGAUCUUCAUGGGCUACCAGAAUGUGGAGGAUGAGGCCGAGACCCAGAAGGUGCUGGGCUUGCAGGACACCAUCACCGCAGAGCUGGUGGUCAUUGAGGACGCGGCCGAGCCCAAGGAGCCCGCCCCGCCCAACGGCAGUGCGGCCGAGCCCCCUGCCACCGAGGGCUCCAGGGAAGAGAACCAGGUGGGGCUCGAGGCCCCUGCCAGCGACCCCCAGGACCUCGACAUGAAGAAGCAGCGCUGCAAAUGCUGCUCCGUUAUGUGACCCACCCGGACCCCCAGACCCCGGCCCCGCCCUCCACACCAGACACCCACACGGCCCGGCCCUCCUGGCGCCCGUCCACCCUCCACCCACAGUCACGGGCCCAGGACAUGCUGUGUCUUCACACGUUCCUUCUGAGUUUUCUUUCACCGGAAAGAGAGGGACAGGGGUUCCCCCCUCCCGUCACCCCCACACACACCCUAAACCACUGAGCCGUGUACCCACGCCUGGUAGGAGAGACACGGACACGCCCGCUUCUCCCCAAACGAGGGCACCCCAUGUCACGGCAGCUCCACAGAUGCGGCUCUUGCCCACAGCGGUCCUGGCUGGUGUGACCUGGAGCCUCAAAGCAGCCCCAGGCCAGCCCACCUCCCUCUGGGCCUCCUGCCUGUGCCUUCCUGCCACCUCCAAUGAGGUCCCUGAGGGGACACCCUGCCGGAGAGGGGUCCCGGGAGCCAGGGGCUCUGGGGACCCGCUCUGUCUCCACUCAGCCUCUGGAAGUGGGGGGGCGUUCCCUGGCCAAGGCGCUGGGUCCAGAUCUCGGGCAGUUGGGCUGAGGCUGUGCCUCUUUGGGGAGCCCAAGCUCGAGGUCUGGGAAUGGAGUACGGGCCCCGCUGGACACCCCAGCCUGAUGUGCCCCUCCCCCCGAUGCUCUAUGUGGGCGCAGCCAGUGGACGAUGCAACCUGGGAAGGGGGAGCCCUGAGGAUAUGCCACCCACUCAGGAGGGGCGUGACCGCUGUGCUGUCUUCUGGCCGGGCUGGGCCGGGGGUCUUUGAGCUGCCUCCUGAACAAGGCAGGGCCACGUGAGCCCCUUUAUGUCCUGAGCUCCCACCCCCUCUGGGCCCUCCUUCCUCCUGGUGCUAAUUCAGGGACCCUGGGGGACUGCCCCUGGCCUGGCCCCUUCUCCAGCCUGCUUGGACCGGGGUCCUGGGUCUCCCCACCCGUACCCCAGAGAUCAGGCCCACCGCCAGCUCUGCUGGGCUUGGCUCAUUCUGGGCAGUGGAGGGGGGCACACCACCUGGGACAGGGAGCUUCCCCUGGGUUGCAGCUGGAGACCCCCAUUUGCUUCCCAGCCUGAUGUGCGCCUGCCCCCCUCUCACUGGAAGCGGUGAGGGGCGAGGGGCUCCCCUCCUGGGGGCAGCUGACACCUAGAGGUACAGACACAUCUCCCUGGUUGCAGCCACACUCGUCCCCAGAGGCACAUCAGUGCACAUGCUCACAGGCCCUCUCGUGUGGGCUGUGGAUAACCAGGCCCCAUCUCGGCCCCUCCCCUAGGGACCUGCAGCCUGGUGCCCAGGGCCCAGGCCGCCCCCCCACCUCAGCAGGGUGGGUGCAGGGGCCGCCCUGGACCGCAGCCUGGGUCCCCAUCUCGGCUCUGCCCCUGGGUGGCUGGGAUGAGAGGCCCUCUCUGAGGUGACCCUGAGCAGUGGCCAUGGAACCCCCUCUUCCUCCUCGACUCCACCUGAGUCCUCGAGCUGUGAGCCUCCGCUGAAGUGCCCUUGCUGCCCGCUCUGCUUUCAAUGUGUGAUGAGGCCCCAAUGUUCUUGACUUUCCCAGAGACGCAAAUAAACAGUGUGAACAGCC